AUGAAGAGUGAAGAGAUAAGAAAACAACUGGACAACAGAAAUAGUUGGAAAUCCACAUACAAUCCGUCACCAGUUUAUGUCAAAAAUGGUAAAACGGUGAUGGAAUUGUUUCGCUUAUCACCGGUAACUGUGUUUUUAUUUGGUUUCGUACCGCCAAUGAUUGGUGCUUUUGCAACCAUAACCACAGCUUUAAUUUUUCACAGUGAACAAAUUAGGAAUUACAACUGGCAAUGCGGGAGAGCUCGACUACCAUCACUUUCACGAAUAAUAAAUUUGCCGGUGGAACGGUUACUUUGGCAAUUUUUGGUGCUUGUACAUACACCUGCUCGAAUCGUUGAAUUAUUUACUGGUUUUUAUCGCUAUGGACGUCUAAUGAAUGUGAACUAUCGACAAAAACGAUUUUAUGAGUUUGCGCGGUAUAUAUAUUUUUAUGCUGGCAGUACAGAAUUAUUCUUUAUGAUUGGCUUAUCACUCCUUGGUGAACGCGAAAAUAUUCAAAUCCAUGUUAUACUUUUCUAUAUAUUUGGAUUUUGUAGCAUUGGCUUUUUUAUAGCAAAUCUUGUUUGUCAUCGACAUUCGCUAUAUUUCCUCCCUCCAUACGGCCAUCUGUCAUAUUACUUAAAAAUUACUUUCUGUACUAUUUAUUUGCUGUCUCUUCCUAUUUUGUUGGUAUCUUUCUUAUUAUAUUGGAAAGUUUGUGUUACAGCUGCGUAUGAGGUAUUUGCGAUAUGUGAAUAUAUCGGUGUAUUUCUGAAUAUCGCUUAUCAUGAAUAUUAUCCGGGAAGAAUUAUAUGA